GGUUGUGGGAGUGUAAGUUGAGCUCAUGAAUGUGCUCUCGAUAGGAACGCGAUGUCUCGAUUCCCGAGGCUGCUACUAACGUGCCUUAUGAUUUAGGAUGGGACAGGAACUAUCAAGUCAUCACAGUGGUUUGCUUCUCUUAGUAUUGAGAACAAGUCCGGCCUUUAUAUGGUUACACUCACAAAGAAUCUUUAUACCUGUUACAACGACUCUCUCACAUGCACCGUAUCGGAAACAUUGGAAUAAUCAUAGAGAACGCCGGGGAAAGCCUAGCAGUUUAGGAUAUUAUGUACUCAUACCUUAGCUUGCCCAGUUCAGGAAAAAGGUUACUCUUACAUAGACGAGACUUGCAUUGUUGGAUAGGAUGGUGUGCGAUUAUUAGUUAUUCAAGAUGGCUUCGUCUGAUAAUGACCAACGCGAGGCGAGGAAGAAGAAACUCAGAGAAUUGGAGGCCUCCUUAUUUGGAGCCACCAAUAAUUGGAACAACAAUGUCAUCACCGGGCUCCCCGAGCUCCAGAAUGUCGGAGAAUACUCCGGAAGUGGAUUCGGCAAAGCGGAACGAAGGAAGAGCUCAGCCUUGUCCACUCUCCUGAAGCCCGUGACUCCGAAAGGUCUGUUUACCAAUCCCAAGCGACCCCAAUCAAAGGGUAAUUAUUCCCAAUUGUUGGAAUCCGAGGACGACGACGAGGACGACGAGGCCUUGAGUAGUUCUGGAUCGUCGUCGGCCUUCAUUGGAACACCUCCGCCUUUGAAGCCCAUUCCAGCCACGACGAAAGAGCGCCGCAAAUCUUCAAGUACCACUUCGACUUUGCUGAGAAGUGAGGUUCAGGAGCUGGACCAAUCGCUCCAAUGGAUUGAGCACAAUCCCAAGCAACAGGUUUUAGACAAUAUCAAACGGCGACAUGGGAUCACAAGGAGUCCUUCAAUGGAUAGUCACAACGAUCUCUUUCAAUACCCGGGGUCCAAUCUGCAACAAGUGACAGAGUCCCGAGAUGCUCUUUCGCGGGCCUCAGUGUUGGAAAAUCCAAUUCCUCGACGGCGAUCGAUUGCCUCACCACUUCAAAAAGGCACAACCGCCAAUGCAUUGGGUAGCAAGUCUGAUCCCAUUCGCGCCUCAAGGCUGACUCAAACCCAAGCGCCAUCUUUGGGUUAUGCUCGAGAUUUGUCCCCGGGACAGUCUUCGGAGGAUGGGAAAUUGUCGGCGGAUUGGCCCUCCAUGCCGGAAAUAAAGGCCAGCAUGCCCAUCAAAGGCGGACGAAGGGAUUCUUUGCAGCCUCUGCCAAUCAAGCCACCUUUGAAAACCAAGAAGCUGUCCUUAUCAAAGACCGUGGACUUGGUCACCUCCCCAGCUCUGGCCUCCGCCACACCAGGAUUGUCUGCUCCAGAAUUCAAUCCUUUUGCUGACGCGCUAGGAAAGGUCAACAGACUCCCCGCCAUAGCAGACGGGAAGCACGUGCCCAAAAUCAAAAUAAAUACCUCGCCUAGACCCAGACGUGACCCGCAGAGUAAGACCCUAGAAUCCCAUCCCCCAUCAGGCUUGGUGUCCUUUGAAGGUUUGGAGACCAGCAAUUUCGUGACGCCAGAGGAAACGUUUCAAAAUGUCCCUGACGCAUUGCACGACAUGUGCCCAAAGACCUUUGAUUCGAUUCCCUCGGACGUAUUUGAUAACAUACCAAGAGCAGUCUCGGCCAGACAAGAGGAACGCCACAAGCGGUUCCAGGAACACGAGAAGCAACUCAAGGCGCGAGUCAACUCUGGCUCAAUGAGCUCACUAAUCAAUCCAUUGGAACCUCGCUCAGAAGGAGCAACUCCCGAACAAGGAACCAUAAAUAUUCUAACCGCUCUGUUUCCCAAUGCCACGGUGAUCCAACGAAAUAACCCACCGGACAAUGGGAACCAAUUCGAAACGGAUUUUAUGUUUGCGUUAUUCAUCCAGGAAAAGGAACAAACCCCGGCCAAUGAACCCAAUCGAGGUCGUCGAAGUUCCGACCCUUCAGCCUCAAGGCCUUCGUCUCGAGAUCCUCGAAACGACCCUGAAGUCGGCCACUUUUGUGCUCCUUGGGUGCCCGGCUUCUGUGAGGCCAAUUUUUGCAUAUUCCAUUGUUCCACGCGACCUCGGUCUAAAGAUAAAUCUCUUUCGGCGGAUUAGACACCGACCGUUCAAUGCCACGGCUGAUCCCCGUAUCAUCAUAUGAUUGUCCACACCUUUCCUUCUUAAUGUAAUAGCGGUUGUUAUGAAGUAGAGUAUAUUUGAUAUUAUAUAUUGAAUCGAUUAAAUCCAGCCUACAC